AUGAACGGGGCAAAAUCCUAUUCCCAGCAGGGCCUACACAUACCCCAGGACGGUGGAAGUGACGAUCAAAGGGGUUUUUCCUCAUCAGAGUUAUCCCGGGAAAUGGUCUCAUGGGCCAUCUUCGAUGUUCAGGCACUGGCAUCGCAAGUCUACCGGAAGGUAUCCCCGUGGCCAAACCCUCCUCCCCUCAACUGCUCGCCUGAGCAGGCGGAACAACUUGACAAGAAUGAUGAAUGGAGUCCAUAUCCCUUUGAGGGACCUACCUCUCGACCGAACUAUUAUACUACUCUCCAGUAUCGGAGUGCACUGGCAGCCAUCGUGAACGAAAUUGCUUCUUUUUCUCUGAAUCUCGGAGAAAGGUCUAUGACCCCUCACGAUUUGGACUACUGCCGUCAGAUACACCAGAGGCUUAUUCACUGGAAAGCUAACCUGCCACAAUCUGUCAUGCCCGAGUCCAACACCACCCCUCACAUUUUAUGUCUACAUUUCUACUACCAAGCUACCUUGAUCUCUCUAGCUACUCUGAUAUCAACAAAGUCAGACCCAACACUUGAUUCAGAAGAAUUGGUAGUUGGGCAGCCCGACUUCGAAGAAGUCAAAGACCAGGCGAUGGAGACUAUUGGCUCUUUGAUUCUCCUGUUCAAACACCGCCACGGUUGGAAGUCGAUACCGAUCGUUAUGCUCCACUACUUCUGUCUCGGGGGUGUGCACGCUACCUCGCGACUCGACGCCAAUGACCUGAAAUGGACCCUUGUACUCGAGAGCUGUGUCGUGGGACUCUGGCAUAUGAGUCUUGGCUGGGGCAGAUUAUGCAAAGCGUUCCUGCGGACGAUCGAGCUCGUCCUGAAGUCGAAUGACCUCGACCCGAAUCUCAUUCCAACCAAGGUGGCUGCUAUCUUCAAGCAUCUGAACUCGGACUUAUGGUCCGAGACUGACAUCACUUCACUUUCGGCGGAUUACGUGGUGCAGCGGGUUACUAGGAAAGUUGACGCUUCUGCUGUCAGUGCGCAGACCCUGGAAGCUCUGAUUCGAGCCAUGGAGAAUUUGUGA